AUUUGGGGCUUCAGUUCUGUUGAAGCCAUGAUGGAGGGAGUUGCAGUGCGAGUUGGCCUCCUUGGGCUGUUGCUGGCCUACGUUACUUCAGCGCCAACCAAUGUGAACUGGGACAUUUACAGCUUCCACAUCAACUCCACAGUGACCAGUCGCUAUGCAACCACUGUUAUCACCAGUCGAGUGGCCAAUCAGAUCGACCAGUCACAGGAAAUAGAAUUCCAUGUCAAGAUUCCCAAGAAUGCCUUCAUCAGUAAAUUCAGAAUGACCAUUGAGGAAAAGACAUAUGAUGGGGUUGUAAAACAGAAGGAGGAGGCCCAGCAGCAGUACACUCAGGCAGUGUCUCGUGGACAAAGUGCUGGUAUAGUCAGUUCUGUGGGGAGGACCCUUGAGGAGUUUAAGACAUCUGUGACUGUGGCUGCACUCAGUAAGGUGACCUUUGAACUCACAUAUGAGGAACUGCUGAAACGUCGCCUGGGAAAGUAUGAACUCUUGAUCCACGCUCGACCCAUGCAGCCUGUUGCUGAUUUCAAGAUUGAUGUGUACAUCAAUGAACACCCAGGCAUUAACAUCCUGGAGAUUAAAGGAGGGCUGAGCACCAAAGAGCUGGCUAAUGCCAUCUCCAAAACACAGACUUCAACUGAGGCUUGGGUCCAUUUCUACCCCAGUAAGGCACAGCAGAGUCAGUGUGACAGCUGUGGAGAGGAGGGCCUGAACGGAGACCUGGUCAUUGUCUAUGACGUCCACAGGAAAAAGUCCAUAGGAGAUCUCAAGAAGUCAGAUGGGUAUUUUGUCCAUCACUUUGCUCCCAGUGAUCUACCACGCAUUCCAAAGAAUGUGGUCUUCGUCAUCGAUCGGAGUGGCUCCAUGAGUGGCAGGAAAAUUGAACAGACCCGUGAGGCUUUGUUGAAGAUUCUCGAAGACCUGGUGGAGUACGACCACUUUGGCCUGAUUACAUUUGGCAGCUCAGUGUCUCCCUGGAAGAAAGAACUGCUUCCUGCCAAUCAGAAAAACCUGGAGGCCGCCAAAAAAUUUGUACAAAAUAUUAGAGACAGAGGAGCCACUGACAUCAAUGCUGCGGUGUUGAGGGGCACAGACAUGCUGAACCGACACCUCCGAGAGGGAACAGCCUCUCUCCUCAUACUGCUCACUGAUGGAGACCCAACCACAGGUGUGACCAACCUGGAAACUAUCCACAAGAACAUAAAAGAAGCCAUUAAUAAGAGAUUCCUGCUCUACUGUCUCGGUUUUGGAAUGGAUGUUAACUUUGAGUUCCUGGAGAAGAUGGCGCUGGAAAACAACGGUGUGGGACGCAGAAUAUAUGAGGACUCUGAUGCUGCUCUGCAGCUGCAGGGCUUUUAUGAAGAGGUGGCCACACCCCUACUGACAGAUGUACAGAUGGUGUAUCUGGGUGGGGCUAACCUGACCCAGACCAACUUCAGCCAAUACUACAACGGCUCUGAGAUUGUGGUAGCUGGCCAGAUCACUGACAACAACAUAGAGGAGUUCACAGCAGAGGUCAUUGCCAUAUCGAAAAGCAACAAGUUGACGUACUCAGAGACAAUACCUACAGAGGAGCCCAUUACAGCCAGGUCAGACAGCAACCUUCAGAGGCUGUGGGCCUACCUGACUGUGAAGCAGCUAUUGGACAAAGAGGUGCAGUUGAGCGGUAAUGAGAAAGAGACGGUUAAGAAGGAGAUCCUGGAUCUUUGUCUGAAGUACGGCUUUGUGACUCCUCUCACCUCCAUGGUGGUGACCAAACCCCAGGGGGAGGAGUCCCAGGUGGCCCAUAAGCCCAAGGAGGGAGAGACGCCCACCGUGACCUUCCCAAGCCACACCAGGACCAGCCUUCCCAGAUACACAGGGUUCUAUGAAAUACUAGCGUACCCUGAUAGAUCAGGGCAACCUGGAAUCUCAGGGGGCCAUGGAGUGCCAGGACCCAUAGGAAAGACAAAUUUCCAAGUACCGACAAUGGAAGAUCGACAAAGAGGACAAGCUGGAACAGCAAGGGAACUCAGUUCAGAUGAUGAACCGACAAUGGAAGUUCAACAAAGAGGACAACCUGAAAUAGAAACGAUACUCAGUUCAAAUGUUGCACUGGAAACAGAAAUAGAACAAUAUGUACAACAUGAAGAAAUAGAAAGAUUGUUGGUUGCCAAUCUUCCAACUCAAAUAAAAACUACAACAGUAAGUCCUCUUAUAAGGUUCCUGUUGCCAGCUGUGGGUCAGGCCCUUCCACUGUGCUAUGACAUCCCUGUAGGUCUCUCACUCAGACUCCUAAAGGACCCCAACAACGAUUUUUCUAUGAAUGGUCAGCUUGGACAGUCAGACAGUGCAGGCUACCAAAAGAUUGUUCUCCAUUACAGAAGUGAUCAACAUAUUGAUUUUGACACUACUGGCAUUACCUUCAACAAUGGACAGAAUGCCACAUAUUUCUCCUGGAGUGUGAAUAUCAACAUUGAAAAAGACAGUGUGUCUCUGAUCAUACGGGACAAAGAGAUGGACGUCACCAUGGGGUCAACACGGGUCAUCAUCAUGCUCUAUGAGAGGGAUGGAAACGUGUUCCUGUGGCCCGUCCUGAGGCAGCGCCCAACAGGGGACAACAUUUCUGGGAUCAUGGCCCGUCCACCUGUCUAUAAGGAGGUCCAGGAAACAACAUUAAAACUUAAGAUUCAGGACAAAGAAGUAGACGUCUCCAGGGCCUCUACUGUGGAUCUCAGUGUUCGUUCAGCCCCCACCGUGACGUGCUGGUUGACUCCACUUCAGUCUGCCCUACAGGGGGAGCUAGCUGACUGCACUGUAUCACAACUCUAACUGCUCAUUAAGUUUGUUCAUGCAGAAAUUACACUCUAGAAAUAUGAAGAGAAAAAUAAAGACUGUUCUAUGAGUUUACAUAACAAAUCAACUAAACUAUUUUGAGACAAAUUAUUUUUGAAUAUGUAACACAGCACUUAUUUUAAUGAUUUUGUGUUUAGACACUUUAUGGACUAGCAGGUUUGGCUUCUGGAGCAGAGUGGAAUGUUCAAUGUUCAGGACACAGUUUAUACUUCAAAUAUAUUGCUGGCUUUAUAUGGUAAGAUUGUAGAAAAGGAAAUGAAAUGUGUCACAGUGUGUAGUCGAUU